GCUGGCUUGUCGUCUCACAGUCACAUAUUGGCGGUUUAGAGGAACGUAUCACGGCGCGAUCAACGGAAUACGAAUUUCGCAAAAGAAGAAAUCGUGCGAAACAAUAACGGCGCAAACUGAAAUCGUGUGUGGUAGUAGCUAGCAUACAAAAGACGGACCCAUUGCAAAAGAAGAAAAGAAUCCGAAAUGAGCGAAAAAACACUCAACACCACGAACACGGGCAACAACAAAUCAUAAAAUAAACAUAUAAUCGAAUAUUAAUAAUAACAACAAUAAAAACAAACAAGUGACGUCAAAAUUUGGGUAUUUGAAAAGUUCGUCGUCGUCGUCGGUUUAUUUUGGCUUGUGUGCUGUGUUUUUCGUAUGUUUCAGAUCUCCUUAGGGGUGCAUAUGUACAUAUCGAAGUCGAGUGUAUUGGGACGCAAAACGUCAAGUCGAAUAACAAUAACAGCAACAACAACAGAAAAGACAACACAAAUAUUGUAAAUCUCAACAACAAUUAUAAACAGCUGCUUAAGUUUUGUAAACUUCCAAGCGAAAACAUCGAGACCGGGCCGACAGUCGGGAAGUGGGGAAGUGUGGGACAGUAGGAGGACAGACGACGCUUAUGUAUUGCAUUUGUUCAUUCAUUCGUGUCAUUGUACAUUUUUGGAUCCGCAGGACGGAGACCAAAUCCCAUAAACUCUCCCGUUGCAUCUGAGUUCUUCUCCUUGGCGUUAAAUUAUCUAGAUAAAACCAAUAUCUAAGAAGAAAAAUCAUUUCCUCCAAUCUCCUAAAAAUAUGCAAAAUAAUUCAAGGAUAAAUGAUGGCAGACCUCCCCAAAUGCCACCACCAAAGCCACAGAGAUCACCAUCGCUAAAUUCAACAUAUCCAACAAAUCCCCUAUCCGGUACAAGUUCGUCACAGAUCCGUCCCGGACAACAGAGGUUCUCGUUAACACCACAUACCAUGGGAAUGGAUGAUCGCAAUAUUGCAGCACAAAAUCAAAAUACAUCCACCAGCCAUCAACAAAAUAAGCUGCAACAUUCUGCCUCCGAAACCUAUGCCAAGCCAGAAUUUAGACAAUGUGCCAGCUAUGAAUACCAGCCUUCUUCUUCAGCAGCAGCAACGACAAAUGUCAAAGCAGAAUCCACAAAUUUGUCAUUUACAGAACAUGAUAGCGGCUAUUCUCCGAAUAUUUCAGAAUGUCAAAGUGGUGCUCCUCCCUCUCCCACACCGGGCUAUCCGCCUACCUAUGUGUUGCGCAGUCGAAAUUCGGCACCUUCAACAUCGACAAAUGUCCAGUGUCUGCAUCCCUUUCAGGCCAGAUCAUCGUUGCCGGAUUCAACUGCCGCGUAUUACGAACACCAGGUGCAGAAAUUUAGUCCCACCUUAAUUGGUGAUUCGUCACGAGUUAACGGAGUUCUAAACGAUGUUUAUCGGAAUCGGUUGAGAGAUAUUGAUCAGAAUGCUGAGGGGGAUGUGCAUCUUCAAUUGGCCACAUAUAAAGAAUGGGUUGAUAUGCUCCUGAAAGUCAAUGAAUCGACCAUAUCAAAUAUGGAAGAACUAGAGGCUGAAGUCGCUGAGCGCUUGGAAUUUUUACAGCGAAAAGUCAGUUCAAAUUGCCGCCAUAGUCAAGGCAAUGAAUUAUUGAAAUGUCGCAAGGACAUCAAUACCCUGAUUAAAUUUAUUCGCGAAUCCUGUCAAUACGAUGUCAUGAACGUGAGCGGAAUAACAUUUGAGACCAUAUCACCGGACAUGGUGUUUGGAAAUGUUGAAGGAGCUGUGGCGGCAACACAAAUGGGGAAUUCCUCAGAUCCCGAAACUAUGCAAAGAAAUAUGUUGUAUGCCAAUCUUAAAGCUUUGGCCUUGGAGGUAGCCGAGAAACACGAUGAAGUUCGUGAUUUGAAACGCCAGGUGGUCUGCCUCGAAGAUGAAAUACAAAAAGCCACCAAGAAAAUUCAAUUCAAGGAUAAUGUCAUACAAAAAUUACGCGAUGACCUCAAAUGCUAUACCAAGAGUCCUGUGGAGACGUGCUCAAGUAUGCCGCAGCUUAAUUCCGAUACACCGCGCAGUGAUCCCUCAACAUUGGUCUCUGAGGACAAUCCAUCAAGGUAUUUGGACGAUGUCAGUUCGCAGUUUGAAUGCUUGAGUCAAACCGAACACAUGGUCGAGGAGAAGGUAAAGACGCUGCACGAAGAGCUAGAUGAAUAUUAUGAUUUGCAACACAAGGAUGAAAUGCAGAGGAAAGAAAUGGAAAAGAGAAUAAAGGAAAUAGUAAGGAAAUCAGAGUGUGAAAAAGUAACAGCCUAUCGCAAAUUAGACUUUAUGCGGCGACAACUCAUUGACUUGGAAAGUUCAGCUCUGUCCGAGACCACCACCACCUCCAAUGAAGCCGAUAAUGAUUCCGGCAUUGGUUCGAAAAAUGAAUUCGAUAAGGAUGCCAAGAUUUUGGAGACAAUACGAAAACGUUUGCGCAGUCUCAAUGACAGUAACUUCGAGCUGAAACGUCAGGUGCAAACUUUGCAAUUGGAGAAUAAUAAGUUAUCCACAAAUUUGGAAUCUACCAAAUAUAUUUCGGAACGAAAUAGUGAAACUUUGAGGAGUGUUGCGGCUUUGCUAAAUAGCCUGACUGGAAACUUCUCGUAUGCCGAGAUGUAUAACCAUGACAAGGAUCAGUGUGAAACGAAUCCCUUUUGCAAAGCCAUAAUGGAUAUAAAGGGCAGCUACCAGGAUAGAGAGAAUAAACUGUUGCACACAGUCACCGUGCAAAAUAAAAAGAUUGAAGAACUCUCAAAAGCCCUGCAUGAAAAUGAAAAGCUCUUUGGACACCAGCAAAGGCAACGUAUGAAUCUCAGCGAAGGGGAAGAUAUCGACAACAUAACACCUCCGGCCUCGUUGACGGGUACUCUAACGACACCAUCACGACACAUGUCUGGUGAAUGUCCUCAUGCUGCCAUAUUGGAUGCUGCCUUACAGCACAGCCAUCAUCAUGAUGCUGGAGGCGGGGGAGGAGCAGAAGGUACCAGUGGUGGUGGUAUAUGCCAUUUGGAUACCCAUGAAAAAUACCAGAGAAUUAUUGAUGAAUUGAAAAACGAAUUGGAACAAAUGUCCUGCGAAGUGACUCAGGUGAAGAGGGAGUGCUGUAGCAAGGCAAAGACUGCAUGUUCGGAGGAUGUUGCGUUGAACUUAACCGAGUCACUGAAACAGCUGGAACUACAAAACGAUCGCCUGCAAGAGGCGUUGAAACAACAAUCAGAAGCCAAGGAUGCUGUCGCCUCGGAAUUAGAAACACAAAACAAUGCUCUCAAAUGCCAAAUACAACACCUUAAGAAAGCGAUUAUGGAUCGGGAACAACACAUCCUACACCUGACGGCCGUUCUCAAUCAUCACAACUCCCAAAAUCCAACGGCCUAUGAAUCCUGUCGUGCCAAUCCCCUACCCCAUGCUACCGCUAAGCAAACUCCUCCUACAGGCCCCUGCUGUAGUAAUCAACAAAGAGUCACGGAUUUAGAAAAACGUCUCGACACAAUGUCCAAGGAGUUAGAUAAGUCGCAAAGGCAGGAAUAUUUUCUGCAUUCGGAGACGAGAAAACUCAACGAGCAACUGAAUGAGAGUAAAAGGAAAAAUGCUGAUUUGGCCUCACAGGCCCAACGUUUAGCCGGUUUAUUGAAGUCGCAGGAAGUCCAUCGCUCAGAUUUGGCCAAAAAAUACGAUAGUCUUGAGGAGAGUUUUGAAGACCAGGCCAAGAAGCUGCGCACAGCCAAUGCUCAGUUGACGGUGUUGAAUGAACGGUUUCAGCUAAUGGAAAGGCAGCAGCAUGAACAUAAUUUGGAGCGCAAGCUGCUGCACGACGAAGUGUUGGCCCUGAAGGAAAAGGAAGCCAUUGUUAUGGGUCGCCAAAAGAGUUUGCAGGAACAAUUGGCCAAAACUGAAAAGGAGCUCUACACGGCACAUAAUGUUAUGCGCGAUCAAACGAAUAUAAUGAAAACAAACGAUCUGAAACAUGCCGAGGAGUUGCAACGCCUCAAGGAGGAGCACUAUGAUACGAAACGAAAAUUGAAAAAUCUCACCGAGGACUACAAACGUCUGCAGGAGGCCUAUGAAAACGAACAGGAAAUAUGCAAACAAUCGGAGAAGUUACUUAACUCCUUUCGCAAAUGGAAGGAGCAACAACUGAAGGCAGAUGCCGAGAAUCGAGAGAAAUUCCAAAAGAUGGAAACCCACAUUCAGCUACUGUAUCAGGACAAAUUGGAGAUGUUGAAUGCCCAGCGUAGCAUGUGGCUGGACUACAAAACAUUGGAGGCGGAAUUGGAGCGUCUCAGCCAGGCAUCGUUUAAUGUUUCAAAUCCCAGGUUAGGUGUUACGGUGACAAAUGAAAUGCUUGCCGAACGCUUAUCGGCCAUUAAAAAGGCUCGCAGUCGUAUUAUAGAACAAACACUGCUGAUGGAGGAGGCAUUACGGGAAGAGGAUAAACUCGAGGUGGCAGAAGAUGAGCCGGGCCCGAGUAAGACCACAACCGCCACUGGAACAGACGAUAGACAACGACAGGACUCCUCAAAUCCUGGCUAAAGACACACACACACAUCCCAUGAAUUCUGUUCUCUGAUAUUUUGUAAAUAUGUAUCUAUGUCUUUGUAAUAUUUAUAUUUGUUUAUAGGCAUUCUAGGGACCUACUAUAGCCUUGUAUAAUUCUGUCUGUGUAUCAAACCAAAUCAUUAGAAGAGUUUACUUAGCUACCUACCAUCUUUGCAACUACUUUCUCCGAAUAUAUAUAUAUUCCGAUUGUGUUCCUUUUCUAGAUGUUG